GCAAGAAUAAAACAUAUCGAUCGCAUUUCAUAUUUCCGAAAUGGCAUCUCUGGUAUCGCCGACCCGCCACAUUGCAAGAGCAUUCGGUCCCACAACGCGCCUUACGCAGCGACGAUGGGCCCAAGUGCACGACAUUCGCUUUCUGGCCACUCACCAGAAGCCUGACCAGAGAGUGUACGACAAGUACAAGGCCAAGCUGGAGCAGAAGGCCAAGCAGGAGGGCCAUGGAGACAUUGACAAGCUCAAGUCUGCAUACAAGGAGAAGAUAGUCGAGCUCAGGCAGAAAGCCAUUGUUCCCGGUGCAAAUGCCCCUCUGGACGCUGUUGUUACCGCUCCGGACACACCGAACGCUCCCUUCCAACCACCGCCGCCGCCUCAGCCUCAGCCACUGUCGGCCAUCCAGUCCAAGGCCGGCGCCUCUGCCGAGGAAAAAGCUGGAAUCAAGACAUUAUCAUCCUACAUCGAUGUUGCAAAGACAAAAGAGCUGCCCCAGAAAGAGAUCGAAUACAUCUGGAGACUGCGUCACGCCAGCUCUCCCAACUCCCUGUGCGCCGUCGUGCCUACCGACAUCUACCAGCACAUUGCCGCAACUGCCCGAAAGCACCCGCAAUUCGUCCUACCUCUGCCCAAGGAGGGUCAGGGUGCCGAGAUCCACUUCUUGCAAUGGACUUUUCCCUCGCCAACAACUUGUACCGUGCUCUUCACCGGUCUGGCCGAGUUCAAGCUCAAGGGCGAGUUUGCUCAGCCCCACACAACCGUAACACACCACUUGGAUCUGGCCGACGAAAAGGGUCUCGUCCUGCUCGAGGGCACUGUCCUCGAGGACAAGCAAAUUACCGUAGAUGAGGGCAAAUGGCUGCUCAUGUCUCUACAAAAGUUCUACGGCAAAUCUGCCGAACAGAGCCCGCGCAGGAAGUUGAUGGAACAGUUCAGCCAGGGAGACAGCACUUUCAAUAUCGAGGAGCUCUUGGAAGAGGCCGAGAAGAUCUAGAAUGCCGCUUUACGAAGCCGGCUAACUCUGACCAUUUUGUUAUGCAAUCGACUGCGCCAGCACGUUCGACCAUCUCAUCAUGGGUAAUCAGAAUGUAUAGUAUAGUUGUAAGAACACCAAUUCAAAUAUCAGACCAACUCAGGUCCAGAACCUAGUUCUUAGAUUAUUGUCCAGACAGCUUGAAGCACGCCAUCAAGGUCCGUCAUCAAUGCGGGGUACUCGAACACAAGUCAAACAUCAUUCUCUCGAGAUCAGGCUCAUUCCGU